CCUCGGACAAGAGAAAGACGCCAUUUUGUUUUUUAGCGGUGACGAGGAGAACCGGAAAAUUGUAGCGAAAUUGCACCAAAAGAUCUGACACAAUGGGGAAUAUGUUUGCAGGCCUCUUCAAGAAUCUCUUUGGGAAGAAAGAGAUGAGAAUCUUGAUGGUGGGGUUGGAUGCUGCUGGAAAGACUACCAUCCUGUACAAACUGAAACUUGGAGAGAUAGUCACCACCAUCCCCACUAUCGGUUUUAACGUUGAGACAGUAGAGUAUAAGAACAUCAGUUUCACGGUGUGGGACGUUGGCGGUCAGGACAAGAUCCGGCCUCUCUGGAGGCACUAUUUCCAGAACACACAAGGCCUGAUUUUUGUUGUGGACAGUAAUGAUAGGGAGCGAGUGAACGAGGCAAGGGAGGAGUUGACGAGGAUGCUGGCAGAGGAUGAGUUAAGAGAUGCAGUGCUGCUUGUCUUUGCCAACAAACAGGACCUGCCCAACGCAAUGAACGCAGCAGAAAUUACAGAUAAGCUGGGCCUUCAUUCCCUGCGUCACCGUAACUGGUACAUCCAGGCCACCUGCGCCACCAGCGGAGACGGCCUGUAUGAAGGGCUCGACUGGCUCUCCAACCAGCUGAAAAACGCUAAAUGAUCCAUUCCACCCUCCCCUCUUCUGUCAGCGCUUUGUGUGUACGAGUGUGUGUAAAGAGUGACAGCACUGGUUUGAGUCUCACCCGGUUGCCCAGUUUAUUCAUUUCUUUCUUUUGUCCAGUCUUGUAAAUGUCAGAGGCUUUGCCCAGUGCUGUCUAAUAUACACAUGCGAGAGAGAGAGAGGUGUGUGUGUGUGUGUGUGUGUGUGUGUGUGUGUAUAUGUGUGUGUGUGUACUGAGGGUGGGAGCAGCCUUGCUGUGCCUUUCAAAAUAGACACUCGGAGUACAGCACGGUUCUCUCUUUCUCUCCCUUUCCCUUCUCCCUCCUGAUUCCUGUGGUUUUCUGCACGUAAAGAAUGAACCAGGAUGUUAAAUAUUUGUUACCUAAUACAUUUAAAUAAGACUACAGUCCUGAUUUUCAUUUUCCCAAUGUUGAAAGCAAUCACGCAUGACUAAAAUGUUACAAGGUAUGAGUUGCCAUUCUUUGAUCCCCACAUUUGAUAAAACUCAUUGUAACCUGCAUCAGGUUGGGAAAAAGAAGGAAAAAAUCAGACAAUAAAGUGACAUUUUCCAUCCAUUCUUCUUCACGUUUUUUGAAAAUCAUGCUAAGGCUUUCAGGUGUGUCACAUGUAGCUUUGUGACCAGUUCACGUUUCCUACUGCAUGUAAGCACAAGCCUGUGAGACCUUUAGUUUACAAGUUAGUAUGUUAAACAGCUUGAUGUUGUCUUAAUACCAUUGGCUGUUGGAAAAACCUUUGACCAUGUGUAUCUGCUCUCUUGAAUCUCAUAGAGCUUUGCAGUUACAUGAUCAAACCCAGACAAAUUAGGAAAUGCUGUAGUAUGAUCAUCAAAUUGGAUCCCAGGCACAAACAGCCUUACAUGUGUUGUAAUUGCCAUGUAAGAAGCAGGAGUGAUGUGUAUUUGGGAUUGUAGAGGGAGUGAGCGCCCUCUGCAGGAGCAGUGAGGCCUUUUGAGCGCUGCUCCCACUCCAGUGGUUCUUUUAGCUCUUUCUUUAUUUUUAUUGUUGUGAUUGAUUAUUUUUUUGUUAUUAUGGUCUCUUUCAAGGUUUCCUGACUCCAGUUUACUGUGGUCUCUUGUGUCAGAAAUACUGUCAGAAUCUGAGCGUUUAGGCAAGGCCACUAAGGGCUUUAUUGGAUGCAUGUAUUAUUUUUUUUGCCUGAUUGAUUAAUAACAACAAGCUGAACAUCCAGGCACAUCUGCAACUGAUCUUAAAGUGCGACUGAUACAAAGUUGCCCAGGAAACAGAACAAAGCUUGAAUCUAGGCAUACCUGGAUUUAUCUAUGGUUCUCUGUUGGAGAUAUAAGAGAAAUGCAUGUCAGAUCCUCCCAGACUCAGAAUAGCUGCAGUUAAAUGCAAACUCUAUAGUAACUUGACAGGGAAAUGCUCACUGUCCCAUGUUUCAUAUUUCUUUCUUCAUCUGUUGAUGGCUACUUUACCUGAUGCACCGGUUCAUUUUCAACAUGUCACUAAUAGAAAUAAGCACCAGCAGAGAGAGGCUGUGUUCACUUUAAGAGCGUGUACACACAUCUUCUCAUUAUCCAGAAAACUGACAAAUUUUAUUUUCCUUCAUAUUCCAAAGGCUACUGCAGUGUUGAAUACAGCAUUGCACAUGCAUGCUGUUAAGGUCAUGUUCUGGAUGACCCCAAAGGUCCUAACCCUGUACUGACCUCUCACAAAGGAAUUGAUGUUUCAACUUGUGUCCAACUGGACAGCAACACCUCCCACCCCGUUCGUUCUGUCACCAAAAGUCAGCAAGUUUCAUAACUCUAAUAAUGUUCUUUGGCCAUUUAGUUAUGAUUACUAUACAGAUCUACUGUAGUAGAUAAAGAUUUAUUUGAAAAAGCAUCAUCUAUGACAAGUAAUUAAAGUGUAUGAACUUAAGUAUGAAAAUGUAUUUAGCUUGCAAAUUUAAUUUAGCUACCCUAUGUUCAGAUGUGAAGCUUUGAUGAAGAAAAAAAAAUUCUGUAAAAUAAAACAAAAGCAAAGAAUGUGUGCAUAUGUUUGUUUUCCUUUACUCAUAAUGUUUUUUUUGUUUUAGCCUUUUUUAAACCCAUCUUGUAACAUCUGAUAAAUGCACUAUAAUAAAGAGAUCUCUAUUACA